UCCCUUGCGUAUUAAGUUUCAAACGCCGUCACCGUUCCUAUACACAAACGCGGACGGAAGAGGGUCAAUUAUUCAGCGGAGGAGAGGCUCUAGCAGUAUUAGCGAGACAGACGGAGAAGAUGGCUGCGGCGGAUCUGCAGUUACCCCCGGGUUUCAGGUUCCACCCGACGGAUGAGGAGCUCGUGAUGCACUACCUCGUCCGUAGGUGCGCUUCGCAGUCCAUCGCCGUCCCGAUCAUCGCCGAGAUCGACCUCUACAAGUUCGACCCCUGGGACCUGCCCGGGAAGGCGUUGUACGGCGAAAAGGAGUGGUACUUCUUCUCGCCCCGGGACAGGAAGUACCCGAACGGUUCAAGGCCGAACCGGGCUGCUGGGUCCGGGUACUGGAAGGCGACCGGGGCCGACAAGCCCAUCGGACACCCGAAGCCUGUUGGUAUCAAGAAGGCUCUGGUGUUCUACGCCGGUAAAGCUCCCAAGGGCGACAAGACCAACUGGAUCAUGCACGAAUAUCGGCUCGCUGACGUGGACCGCUCGGCCCGCAAGAAAAACAGCUUGAGGCUCGAUGAUUGGGUCCUCUGCCGCAUAUACAACAAGAAGGGCACGAUCGAGAAGCGCCCACCGCCUGAGGCCCCCGUGGCGGCCCCGGCUGCCCUGCAAACCACCAGCUAUGAUGAGCUGGAGGAAGACCGGAAGCCGGACAACCUAGCACUCCUCGGCGGGGGGUAUGGGAGACCUGCGAUGCCCCCGCCGCCGGCUACGGGGCCUCUCGGCGAUUUUAUGCACUUUGACACGUCCGACUCGGUACCGAGGCUGCACACGGACUCAAGCUGCUCGGAUCACGUGGUGUCACCGGAGUUCACGUGCGAGGUGCAGAGCGAGCCGAGGUGGCGCACCGAAUGGGAGAGGGUCCUCGACUUCAGCGGGAGCGGCGCCAGCAGCUUCAUCGACUCGAUGGAGUUUGGCACCGGGCCGGGCCAGCAGCUGCCCGGUGGGAACCAGAUGUCGCCUUUGCAGGACAUGUUCAUGUACCUGCAGAAGCCCUUUUGAGCUGUGGGCCCGGCCCAAUUGGCCACCCCCAUUCAAUUUAGUUAAUGAUUGAGGAGAUAUGAUGUGGUACGUCAAGGGGAAAUUCUACCCUGCCUGAAGAUGUGGAGUUCGUGAGGCUCUGCUUGUCGUCGGAUCGAUGCGGGGGAUAUCGGGCCGCCAAGGCGGUCUGAUGAACGUUCAUGUGGACGGUAGGGAUUCCCGAGGUUUAGAUGUAGAGGGGUUUAUGAAUACGCGGUAACACGAGACUGAAGGUCCAUGAGUGUACCGUGUGGGUGAGUGCAGGAGAUCGUAGUUCUUAUUGUUCUUUGGGGCCCGCCAUUUUGGGGUCAGUAGUUUCUACAGCCUUCAGAUAGGAAGAUGGAUUGGACGGUGGGACGUGGGGCCCUCCCACAUAAUGUUGAACUUGGGCGUAGCAUUUGUGUGUAUAUAUGUAUGAUGUGUAUGUAUCUCAUGUGCGUAUAAAUCUAGAUUUCUAGAAGUUUCAUUAUAUUAUUCAUUCAUCUUGUUCACCUGCUUAA